AUGAAGAUCCCGUGGACUAACCUGCUGUUUAAAACCCAGUCUAGCGACGAAAAGUUGAAUAUAUUUACUGAAAUAAUACGAUACGGUUUGGACACGAUUAUGCCUGAGCGUUCUAUUAAAGUCCACAAAACGGAUAAACCUUGGAUGUAUGCUAACUUAAAACAACUUAUAAAGAGACGACAAAAAGCCUUCUCCUCGGGUGACGUGUUUCUCUAUAAAUUGUUGCGAAACAAAGUUAAUCGUGAGAGGAAAAGAUGUCAAAUGAUAUACUACAAGAACAAGGUACAAGAUUUACAGCAUACCAAACCCCGUGAUUGGUGGCGAGAAGUAAAGCAGUUUUGUUGCACGUCUAAAGCAGCGAGAAGAGAUAUUCGGUCGAUAUUAAGAACAAAUACAGAGAGUAGUGAUCAAGAUCUGGCUAAUGAAAUUAUGAAAGCCUUUGUUAGUGUAAUGGACAAUUAUACGCUGUUAUCUGAGGACGUAUGCGUGUUGACGGACCAUGAUGAACCAAUUGUAGUGGACGAGGAGUCAAUCGCGAAAAAACUUCGGCAGAUCAACAUAUCAAGAGCGGGAGGCCCUGACGGUAUACCCAAUUGGGUUUUAAAAACAUUCUCUGAUAUAUUAUCCCCAGCCAUCACAAACAUAAUUAAUGCAUCCUUUCGGGAAUCAAAAGUACCUCGUGUGUGGAAAUUGGCCACUGUUACACCUUUACCAAAAACAGUUGCCAUUGAAGACUUCAAUAAAGAUCUAAGACCAAUCUCAUUAACACCAACUUUAUCCAAGAUUGCUGAGUCAUGCAUCAUCGAGCAGGAAAUAAGACCUACGCUGCUGAAAGCAAUGGAUCCAAAUCAAUUUGGUUUUGUGCCCAAUUCAUGUACUAAUUUUGCUUUAAUUUCGAUGUUACAUCGCUGGUUGGAAAACACGGAUGGCACUGGUUCGCGCGUCAGGGUUGCACUUCUGGAUUACAGAAAAGCAUUUGACUUAGUGGACCACAAUACUUUAAUUGCCAAACAUUUUAGCCUUUGAGUCAAACUGGAUUGCUGACUUUCUAUACGUGGGAGAUCACAGCGUCUAACGCUUAAUUCGGAUUGCUUUUCAAAUUCCGAAAUAGUUCCAGCUGGAAUUCCGCAAGGUACUAAGAUUGGUCCUUGGCUAUUUUUAGCGAUGAUAAAUGAUUUAGCGAUGAUAAAUGAUUUAGCGAUACCUAGUAACUCCUCUGAUUUGUGGAAAUUUGCAGACGACACUACAGUUUCCGAAAUUAUCCCAAAAACCGGAUCAAGUAGACUACAGGUACAGGUACAUAAAUUGCUGGUCGAACGAAAAUAAUUUUCAGUUAAAUUCUCUGAAAUGUAAAGAGCUCCGCAUUGACUUUACUAGACAUCGACAUAUAGACGAUCCAAUAACUGUCAACGACCUAGCUUUUGAAGUCGUGCAAUCUGCAAAAAUUCUUGGUGUAACUAUUAGGGAAGAUCUUAAAUGGAAUGAUCAUGUAGCCGAGAUUACCCAUAAGGCAUCAAAGCGGCUAUAUCUUCUAAGAAUAUUAAAAAGAGCAGGUGUGGACGUAAAUUCUUUAGUGUAAUUCUACUGUACAUGCAUCCGAUCAACUCUAGAAUAUGCCUGCCAGACAUUUCAUAGCAAUUUGCCAGAGUAUUUGUCUAAUCAAAUUGAAAGAAUACAGAAACGAGCUCUUCGCAUGCUCUACCCAGAGGAACGUUAUGGUGACGCGUUAAAAUUAAUAGGCCUACAAUCCUUGGCGGAUAGAAGAGACAGACUAUAUACAGAGAACUUUUUAACUCAGUAUCGAUUAACAAUAACCAUAAAUUAGCGGAUUUACUACCACCACUAAAUUCCAAUAAUAUAAAUCUUAGGUCCACUUCAAAAUAUGACUUGCCGGUUUUGAAGACGAAUCGUUUUAAAGACAGUUUUAUUAACUAUUACGCUUCAAAAGUUCAACGAUAAGACCCUAAUAAAUAUUUAUAGUAGAUAUUUUUAAUAUAAUUCAUAUUCUUAUAAUUCAUACAUAUCGAUAUUCGAUAUUCUAAUGUAAGUUUUAGUAUUACAUGCAUAAUAGUUAGUAGAAGUAGGAUGUAAAUUAUUUUGUAAUUGACACGUAACUCAGUCCCCGGACUGCGAUGUGUAAAUUUUAAUAAACUUUUCCUCUCUCUCUCUAUAUAUAUAUAUAUAUAUGUAUAUGUAUAUGUAUAUGCGGUUAUAUAAUCAGCAGGUGUCUGACGAUUUCGGAAAAAACAUAUACAUAAAUAUGAAUUUUGAUGUCCCAAUAUACUAACCGCAAAAAUUUUUUUCAGGGCAACGAGAAAGCGGUGAUUGUACGGCAAAACCUGUCGAAACAUUGGAACCAAACGUAUCAACAAGCACAGGUAUGCUGUAUUUUAUGCUAUGUAUAAUAAGUAUACGUUUUUUAACACUAUAAUUUUAAAAAUAGCAGCAAUGUAAUUGCAAUCUAUUUCUUAUUGUAUUAUGGAGAAAAAUUUAAAGACAACUUUAUCGCUGCGGCAGGCAACGCGGGACGGUCUGGGACAGAGAAUUCAAAAGCAAGCGAUAAAAGUCUGGUCAAAAACCGUGAAAAAUGUCCCGAUAGCGGAGUGCCACGUUAAUGACCAAAGUAUGCACGCAUGUAUCAUAUCGUAAUUGAAAAAAAGCACCUAAGCACUUAAAAAUCAAGGGCCAGUUGUCAGAAAGCCGAAUAUCACUAUCCACUGGAUGGUGAAUUUUUCAAAGACUGGUAUAACCCUAAUUAAUAAUUAAGCUUCAUCAUUUAUAAAUUGAAGACGCUUUAUAAACAUCUGGCCUCCAACGAUUCGGCGACCGAAGAGACCGUAUUUCAAGACAAAACUAUUUGAAUAAAUAGUGACUGAUUAUAACCAUAAGCUUUAUAAACUUCUUCCACCACCGUUAAUAUGACUCUUAAAUCAAGUCAUAUAUUUAACCUUGCAUUUCAAAACUAACCGUUUUAAAAAUAGUUUUAUUAUACAUAAUACUCAUAAUGCAUUAAUUAAAAUUAUAAGUCGUAACAUAGAAUGUUCUUAGAUCCUUUUAUAGAGACAUUUAUUGUAUAGUAUUUUAAUAUUUUCUUGAACUGUAAAAUAUGCGUAAUUCAGUCUAUAUUGGCUACAAUGUUUAUAUGACAUAAACCAUCUUUCUAUCUGUCUAUCUAAUUGUAAGUUCCAUAUUUAAAGUAGCUUCAGUUUCAACGGUCGGUGAAUAGUGCUAUCCGGCCUUCGUAUAACCGACCACUGAUUAUUUGGUUGAUUUUAAACUUUCUUGUGGAGAACUGUUAUUUUAACAUUCUGGCAUCUUUAAAAUAUCGCUCCAGCUGUAUGGAAGCCCCGUGGUUCCACCAGGUUGCCAAAUAGAAUGGCAUGAUGAUUUUACCUAUACCAGCAUGCAGGCUUGAACAUAUGACUCAUGGCCAGACAUUGCACCCGCAGUGCGCCAGCGGAUUUUCCCAGCAAAUAGUGUGUUUAAUAAUAUAAUUUACAUUAGGAGUACAUAGAAUUAAUGUUAAUUAAAUUAAACUUAGUUUAAACUUAAAAAAUUGAAUUUCUUUCAUUUUAAUCAUAAAUUCUUUUAGUAACGGUGUAAGGAAGAGAUAGAUAUAUGUGAUGCUAUUGAGUAAUAAUUAAUAAAAUUAGACUUGGAAAAAGUAUCCAAUGUUCUUCGAAUGCUAAGUUCGCCUAUUUCAAAUGUUCCUCAAAGGAUGUAUAAACUGUGGGCUAUUUUAUUUGGCAUAAAUUGACUACCUAACUACUGUAUAUAAAAACCGUUUAAAACAGUACUGUACUUUUUAUAAUUAUAACACCUUCUAUUAAUUAUAACUAAAGCCUGUUCUCCACUAGGCGAAUUUGCUCAUAUGACGUGAUGGCGGAAAGACGUCUAAUUUCGAGCUCUGUUAUUCUUGUGAUUUUAGUCACAAAAUUUGUCCUAGUUUCAUCUGACUAUUGUUGUGAAGUGUUUGCACCUAAGAGGUUCCAUUUGUUGUGGAGGUUUUGCAAGCCAACUCUGCCAAACAAGGAAGAAAAUGUCGAUUGCAGAAUGGGCUUUCGAUUCCGAUAUUCUCGUGACUUUACAAGCUUUAGCGGAUAUGUCUUCGGCCUAUUACUCUUGUGCGGCGAUAUCGCGACACAUCCUGGCCCUGGUCGAAUAACAAACGCGGUUUCUCCCACUUACAAGUGUUUGGUGUUAAAUGCAAGAAGUCUAAAGAGUCUACACAAAAUCACAGGCACUGAUGGGCAGACGGAACUCGUAUGCAACCUACAUCGUUUUCAGGACUUUGUAUACUCGGAAGACUCGGAUAUCGUGUGCGUUAACGAAACAUGGCUCAACGAGAGCUUAGAUAGUUCGGAAAUUCUUCACGACGGUUAUAUUAUAUUCAGAAAGGACCGACCGCUUCGACGAGCAGGCGGUGUUUUGAUUGCUAUCAAAGCGAGUACCUUUAAAAGUGUUCGUGAAUUUCGCCUACCAUUUAAUUUGGCAGAACUAGAGAUUGUAUCGGCUGCAGUUGAAACGGUUACAGGUCAGAAAACCCUAUUUUGCUCAUGUUAUCGUCCGCCGGAAUUGGGAACAAGUUGGGCAGAUUCAUUCAAUACCUUCCUAAAUCUGGCCUGUGAUAAUUUUAAUAACAUCGUGCUAUGUGGUGAUUUCAAUUUACCGGGAAUCCCUUGGGACGCGACGGCUAGUGUAGCUGGUGCUCGUGAAUUGCUGCUUGUUGAGGCGUUAAACGAUCAUUUUCUAUCACAAAUUAAUAAGACGCCCACCCGAAGCGAUAAUAUUCUUGACCUCGUUAUCAGCAGUAACAAUGAUCUCACCAAAGUAACUGAAGUAUUGUCGUCUGAGAGAACAGGAAUUUUUACAGAUCACUCUGCCAUUGUUUUCGAAAUUAACUCCUUCGUAAAGGCGCCCUUAAAAACAAGCAGGUCAGUUUUUGAUUAUGCUAAUGGUGACUUUGAAGGCCUGCGAAAUUCCUUAAAUGCGAUCAACCUCUCGUCGUUUAUAUCAGAGGGCGACAAUGAUAUCGACAGGGAUUGGCAGCAGUGGAAGGAUGUUUUCUUGGCUGCUGUGAACGAUUUUAUACCAUCUAAGAAACUAAUGGGUCGUAACCCAUUACCAUGGAUAAACGGCACUAUACUGAAUAUGAUUAGGAGGAAAAAUACCCUUCGCCAAAAGUUAAGAUCUCGUCCUACAGAAUGUCUGAAAUAUAAAUUCAGAUGUAUGCGGACCGAAGUAAAGAAGUCACUUAAAGAAGCCCGUGAAAGUUACUUUGAGUUGGCAAAUGCUGAUUUUAGAACAAAUCCAAAGCGCUUGUGGUCAAUUCUGAAAUUAAAAUCAAAAUCCAGAGAUAUACCUGGUUUAGUUUCUAUGGAAAAUGAAAUACACAGUCAUCAAACAGCAGAGCAGUCAAAUCCGCGAGAAAAUGCUGACACUCCAGAGGGAAUUGCGAACUUGUUUAACAGGUACUUUAGUUCCGUAUAUACCAUCACAGAGGACUCACGUCUAGAUGCAUCGUGCGAAGUUACAGAAUGUAUUGCCGACACGUUGGUUGAUUCGUUGAUUCUUUCAGUCACAGAAGUGCAAGAAAUUCUUAAAACUCUCGAUAUUAGUAAAGCUACCGGACCGGACGGAAUUCCUGCCAAACUGCUAAAAGAAACUGCAUCGGUAAUUGCACCAUCUUUGUGCAAAUUAUUUAAUAAAUCUUUAAGGACUGGAGAAAUGCCGAGGGAUUGGAAAUUAGCCAACAUGGUUCCUAUUUAUAAAAAGAACGAACGAGAACAUGUAGAAAACUAUCGUCCAAUAUCUCUAUUGUCAGUAAUUUCAAAAGUCUUAGAACGUUGCAUAUUAAACAACAUCAAAGAUCAGUUGUAUAAGUCAAUUCCAGCAUGUCAACACGGAUAUUUAACUGGAAAGUCGUGUGUUACUAAUUUACUCGAGGCGCUAGAUCAUGUUGGUUCAUUACUCGACCACGGAGAACAGAUAGAUCUUGUGUAUUUGGACAUGUCAAAGGCAUUUGACAUGGUCAGCCACAAUCGAUUGAUACAGAAAUUAUACAAGGCUGGUUUCAGUGGAAAUUUGCUUAAGUGGUUUCGCUCAUACCUAUCUGAACGUCGACAACGUGUUACCGUUAUGGGUGCUACUUCGGAUGAGCUUCCUGUUACUUCCGGGGUGCCCCAAGGAUCCAUAUUGGGUCCUGUUUUCUUCUUGUU